AUGGCUUCCUGCGCCUCAAUCUCUGUCAGCAGCAGCUAUGGGCGGUGCAGCCUGAACGCGCGCGCGCAACCAAGGGUGCAGGCCACCAUCCGGCGCGAGGAGAGCCUCCUGCUCAACCUCUGGACCAACGCGGCAUUCCAGGGCGGCAUGGCCUUUGUGGCGGUGGUCGUGUUCGCCGCCUUCAUCUGGACGGCCGGCCCGCCGCCGAUCGACGACCGCUGCACGCUCCCCUGGUGCUGA